AUGGAUAAUGAUAAUGAUUGGUUAGAUUUUUUUAAUAAAGAAAAUAUUCCUGAAAAAAAUCAAGAUAAUUGGCAAUUUUCUGGUUUAACUAUUGAAGAAUAUGAUGAAUUUUUACCACGUGGUGUAAAAAAAGAAGAUCUUUUAAAAGCUAUUAAAAAUAGAAGAAAUACAUUUCAAUAUAAAAUAAAUGAACCUAAUAAUGAAUAUAAUAAUGAUGAUAAUUUUCUUCAAAGAAAAGGUGAUAAGAAUUUAGUAGAAAAAAAUCUUGAUGGAUGGUUAAAAGAAGAAGAUCCUUUACCUAACCAAGAUAAAUUAAAAGGAUAUAUAGCUGAAAUAAAAAAAUCUAAAUUUACUGGAAAUAUUAAUAAAAUUACAAUAUCUGGUGCUGAAGUUAUAGAAAAAGAAGCAGAACUUGAUAAAUCAUUAGCUGAUAUUAUUGUAAAACUCAAAAAAGAUGAAGAAUUAAAACUUAAAAUUGUUGAUGUUGAUGGACCAGGAAUUCUUCCUAUUCUAACAGAUAGUAGUAAAACAACUAAAGUAGUAAGAUGUUUACUUACAUGUAUUUUUCCUGGAAAACAUAUUAUAUUAAUAACACCAAAUGAAGAAUUAGCAGCUGAUGCUGAAAAUCAUCAUAAUACCUGGUUACAAUAUAGUAAUGGUAUUCCUUAUAAAUGUGUUAUACAUAGAAAUCAAGAAGAAUUAUCAUAUAUAAUAAAAAAUGGAGAAUUAGCAUCAUGGAAUAAAUUAAUUGAAUAUGAUAAUGAUGAUAAGGGUAAACCUAAUAAAAAAAAACCAAAAUAUGAAAAAAAAUCUAGUGCUAAUCUAGGAAAAUCAACAUUAUCAAUAUUACAAUUACAUUAUUUAGUUAGAUAUAUUGCAUGUAAAAAAGUAAAUAUUGAUGAAUUAAAAGAUCCUAAAAAAAAUUAUGAUAAUUUUAAUAAAGCUUUAAAGGAAAUAAAAGAAAAAUUAAUAGAUAAAGAAAAUACUAUUAUUAUAUUUGAUAAAGCACAUUUUCCUAAUACAAUGCUACAUUUUCUAAAAAAAACUUUUCUAUAUCAACAUCAAAACCAAGAGAAAACAACUGCAAAUGAAUACCUUAGAAAAAUAAAUGGUGAAGAAGAUACUGAUGCUGAACCAAUAUUAAAAUCUGGAUUAACAACAAAAAAAUUUAAGUUAUUAGAAGAAAGUGAUAUACCUUUUGUAAUAUUUGAUAAUACAAAUUCAUCUGCUGUAUCUGGUAUAACUAAAGGAAUGCCAUCUGGUUCUUUGUUUAUAGCAAAUAUUAAUCAUAAAAUGGGAUUUAGUCCUGAUGUUGAUAAUGUAAUAUUAACUAGAAAAACACAAUUAGAAAAAUUGGACAAAGGACCUGGUGCAGAAAGAUGGAUUUAUGAUGAAAAAAAUGUUCAAUACUUAUCAGUUGCAAGUAUAGUUCAACAAAUAGGCCGUGUUGGUCGUCUUAAAAAAGGAAAAGCUUUUUUAACUACACAACAAUUAAAAAAAUUAAUACUAAGUGAUGAUAUUGUAUUUCAUCUAAUAAGUGGAAUAAUGCUUUCUUCAAGUGAAGAACUAAUAAAAAAAUUAAACACAUUAGGUUAUCCAUUUACUAAAAAUAUUAAUAAUUAUAAAUAUCAAAAUUUUCUUUGGGCAUCUAUUUCUUUUUACUAUAAAAAAAAUCAUUCACCAGAAGCUGUUAUGAUUGGUGUUAAAGGAAAUCCUAAACCAAGUUCUGCUAAUCAAAUAUGUCCAACAUAUAAUAAUUUACCAGAUCCAGAUGUAAAAGAUCCAAAUUUAUGGGCUUUACAUACAGAAGGUAAAUUACCACCUUUAGAAAUUGAUAUAGAUAAUAUUAAAAAUAUACAAUUAUUAAUUAUUAAAACAAAAUUAAGAGCUAUUAAUAUGAAUCACAAAUCAAAAAUUUAUAUUGAAUUAAAAAAUUCAUUAAUAGAAAAAGUAUGGGAUCUCCUAUCAAAAAAAUCUGAUACAAUUUCUAUUGAUAAAAAAAACAAAAUUAUCAAAGAAAUAAAGGGAAUUGUAAAAAUUAGAUGGUUUAAUUUUUAUGAUACAAUGAAUAUUAAUAUUCUUAGAACAAUUCUUGAUGGUGAAACACAAAAAGAUUAUUCUAUAAUAAUAACAGAUAGUGAAAUAGAUGUAGCAAUGAAAAAAUCUAUUCAAAACAAAAAAAAUGAUUAUAUUAAAAAAUAUUUAGAUAAAGAUGGAUUUUUAACUAUGUUUAGAUGUGAAAACUGUGAUAGAAUGAUGAAACAACUUUUUACUAUAAUACUUGAAAAUUCUCAUAAAUUAAAUCUUUGUGAAAUAUGUGUUAACAAUCUUGAAAAUAUGGAUAUAAUCACAUAUAUACCUAAUGUUGGAUAUCAUGAAAAAAAUAUUAAUUAA